UAGGGUAGCCCACAGUGGCCCAAUGAAGACUUGUUAGUGAAACGUGGGUAAAAAUUACACAUUUGUCGUUACCUUUUGCGUGUUUCUAAGUGUGAGAUUAUUUAAGUGGCACAUAUUCGAACAAGUUAGCAAAAAAGUAGAAAAAACCCAGAGAGUUAAACGCCGAAAUAAAUACUUUAAAUGAUGGAAUAAAAGAGAAAUAGCUGUUUUGGGGUAAAUAAUAACAGACAAUCAAUUGGUAUCCGUGUCGCCAUAUUUUCAUCUACGAAGAACUAUAACUCCCAUGAUGCACCGGUGGUAACAAGUUGAAGUUCAAAGUUCAAACAUUACAGUGGAAAUAGGGCUCUCACUGGCUGACAGCUUCUGUACUAAUAGGCAAAGAUAAACAAGUCGGCGGACAUUGAACGGAACCGAGUGUCAGAGAGCGUGUAGGAGUGGCAGACGAACCCGAACAUGUCCCACGGUUAACCGACACCGGCUGUCGCGUUGGUGUCGUUUGAUUUGCAGGAGGACGGUUAUCUGGCGGCUAAUGCUAGCACGCUAGCUCUCGCUGAGCAAUCAGAGACUACUGCUACUGCUACUGCUACUUUCGUCACUUAACCGCUACUGUUUACACACAGCACUGCAGCUAUGUUCGUCCAGGAGGAGAAGAUAUUCGCCGGCAAGGUGCUGAAAAUACACAUCUGCACCAUGGACGGCACGGAGUGGUUGGAGGAGGUGACGGAAGACACCACAGUAGAGAAAGUAAAGGAGACGUGUUUGAAACAUUAUGUACAUGGAAGUCUAGAAGACCCUAAAACACUCUCACACCACAAACUCAUACAAACAGCCACAGAAAGAGUUCUCACUGACACCAAAACAGUUGCUGAGGAAAACCUUAAAGAUAAAGAUGUUUUGCUGCUAAUAAAGAAAAGACCUCCACCUACGCCUCCAAAGAUGGCAGACAUUAGUGCAGAGGAAAAGAAGAAACAAGAAACCAAGGCUCCAGACAAAGAAGCAAUCCUUAAAGCCACUGCCAACCUGCCCACACGCCACACUGACCGCACUGUCACCCAACACAACAUCAGAGAUUUCCAGACGGAGCUCAGAAAAAUCCUGGUUUCUCUAAUCGAGGUCACCCAGAAGCUGUUAGCCCUGAACCCUGAUGCUGUGGAACUCUUCAAAAAGGCCAAUGCGAUGUUGGACGAAGAUGAAGAGGAUCGAGUGGACGAGACGGCCCUCCAGCAGCUCACUGAGAUGGGCUUUCCAGAGAGCAGGGCCAUCAAAGCUCUCCGACUAAAUCACAUGGCAGUGACCCAGGCCAUGGAGUGGCUAAUAGAACAUGUAGAUGACCCUGCUGUAGACACGCCGCUUCCAAGUCAGGAUUCCUCUGGGGGGGCAGCAGGGGCCACAGCAGCCGUCCCGCCGAGCACUUCCACCUCAGCUUCCACCUCAGCAUCAGGGCCCAGUCUUCUCCACAGCCUCUCCAGGCAGUCGAGCAUGGAUGAGGGCAACAGACAAGACGAGCUCACAGAGAUUUUCAAGAGGAUCCGCAGGAAACGACAGUUCAGGCCGGACUCUAGAACGGUCAUUGCAUUGAUGGAGAUGGGCUUCAAUGAAAAGGAGGUGAUUGACGCCCUGAAGGUCAACAACAACCAACAGGAUGCUGCGUGUGAGUGGCUGCUCGGAGACAGGAAGCCUUCUCCAGAAGACCUGGAAAAAGGCAUUGACACCAACAGCCCCCUGUUCCAAGCCAUCCUAGAGAAUCCAGUGGUCCAGCUUGGCCUGACCAAUCCCAAGACUUUGUUAGCGUUUGAAGACAUGCUGGAAAAUCCACUCAACAGCGCCCAGUGGAUGAACGACCCCGAGACCGGCCCCGUCAUGCUCCAAAUUUCCAGAAUCUUCCAGACCCUCAAUCGCACAUAGAGCCGCUCGUGUGUGUGCGCGCGCAAGUAUAAUGUCAGUAGAGACAGGAGCAUUGUUUUUUGCCUUGUAAAAAGAACGCUGGAGGAGGAGUCAUAAAAAAGUUGUGUAUAAAAGUAUUUAUAUCAGUACAUUUAAAAACAAAAAACACUUAUACGGAGCGAGUGUUAACAUAAAACAAUAUUACUGUAAUAAUAAAACAUGAGACAGAUUUACUUACGUUGUUUUUACAUUUUAACGAGAACAGUUUAUAGUCAUGAUUUCUUUGCGUGAUUUUUUUUUUCUCCCACGUUCAAAACGACAUUGAACAUCGAUUUUAAUGUUUACAAUUGAAAGAAGAAAAAAAACUUUUCUACGCUUACGUAGCAAUAUUUCAAAUAUCAAUUUCACUUUUGUCACUCUGCAUUGAAACGUUGUACUUUUUGUCGUCUCUUCUCUCAUCGGUGUCAUCUUUUGUCUUUUAAUUUAUCAAAUUACCUGCUCACUGUUGGAGGCCAAUGGUCAGAGUUGAUUUGACGGUGGUGAACAAUAAUUUAUCUUUUUUUAUUAAUAUUUUUAGUUUAAUUUUAUUUAAGUUCUUUUUUUUUUGGUCAUGACAGUUGACCUCUGUUAAGAUGUUGUAAAUACAUUUAUUCAAUCUUUACAAUAUAUUCAUUGUAUUAAGUUUCCAUAUCAAUUUAUACUGUUAUUGAAUGCUGUUAUUAUGCUGUACUAAAAGGGAAAGUGCUGAAGACAAGUGUGCAUGCUGGUGGAUUACAUAACAGUAUGAUGUGGACAGCACUGAAUGCUACCGACUGUUACACUUGGAGAUAGAGACAUAAGGAGAUAUGUCUUAAGAUCGACGGAAGACCAACAAAAGACAAAGAGAGAAAAACAUCCAAACUGCAUGGUCUUAUCUGACUUGAUUAACUACAGCACAUGCACAUAGCUCCUAUUGGUGGAGAAUCUUUGUUUGGAGCAGUCUUUACCAAUCAGUGCUCAGAAGUGGUGCGUGAACACUGCAUGGCUGUGGAAUGCCAAGGUACUGACCAUUGAAGUGUGUGUGUAAAAAAAAACUGUAUUUAAGCUUUGAGCACUGAGGUGUUCCUCAGUGCAGUUCUGAAUGUAACUGUUAAGAUAUUGUAAAUACAUUUAUUCAAUC